AUGGCGACUCUUCUCCCCCCGCCCAGCAAGCGCCAAAAGCUUGCCGUGGCCGAAAAGGCCAGAGAGCAACAGGAGCUUCAGAGCAUCCCCAGCGAUCUCGGUAGUGUCCGUGUGCAGUUUUUUGACCAGGCUACUGGCAAUGCCACCGGGCCCGCAGUCUCCGUCCCCGUGGCCGAUGCGAACGUUAAGAACCUCGAAACACUUUUGAACACAUUGCAAGGAAAUGACGACGAUGACCGAGUCCCGUACCGCUUCACCCACCAGUCCGACAAGGAAGGACAGACCUUUGACAUCCCUGCUAAUUUGUACCACUCGCUACUUCAACCCGGUAUAAAAACAACCGAGGAUACGAUUUCUCUUCUUUACACCCCGCAAGCUGUGUUCAGAGUCAAGGCAGUCUCCCGCUGCGCGGCCUCCAUUGCUGGCCAUGGAGAAGCCAUUCUCGCAACCUCCUUCUCGCCCGUUUCCUCUUCAACCAUGGUCUCUGGAAGUGGUGACUCAACCGCCCGUAUCUGGGAUUGCGAUACAGGGACUCCGCUUCACACACUGAAGGGUCAUACCAGCUGGGUGUUGGCGGUCGCCUACUCACCCAAUGGAGCGAUCAUCGCGACCGGUAGUAUGGAUAAUUCAGUGCGAGUGUGGGACGCAAAGAAGGGUCAGGCCCUUGGUGGUCCAAUGAAGGGCCAUUCGAAAUGGAUUACCAGUCUGGCCUGGGAACCAUAUCACUUGCAGGAAUCCGGACGGCCGCGCGUUGCAUCCUCGUCCAAGGAUUCGACUGUUCGCGUGUGGGAUGUUGUGUCGAGACACAGUGAUGUUGUCUUGACUGGUCAUAGGAGCUCUGUUACUUGUGUGCGAUGGGGUGGUACUGGUCAAAUCUAUACCGCAUCUCACGAUAAGACCAUUAAAAUUUGGAACCCCAAGGAUGGCUCGCUCAUUCAGACCUUAUCCGCGCAUGCCCAUCGCGUUAACCAUCUCGCUCUUUCGACGGAUUUUGCCUUGCGCACUUCCUACCAUGAUCACACUGGCAAGGUUCCUGCGUCGGAAGCCGAGAAGGUUGCCGCUGCAAAGAAACGGUUUGAAACGGCUGCUACAGUGAACAAUAAGAUUGUCGAACGACUGGUUUCUGCUAGUGAUGACUUUACCAUGUACUUGUGGGAGCCAUCUAGCUCGAACAAGCCUGUCGCCCGACUUCUGGGCCACCAGAAAGAGGUCAACUAUGUCACUUUCUCGCCAGACAUGUCGUAUAUUGCUUCGGCUGGAUUUGAUAACCAUGUCAAGUUAUGGAAUGGACGUGAUGGAAAAUUCAUUAAUACUUUCCGUGGACAUGUUGGUGCUGUCUAUCAAUGUUGCUUCUCCGCCGAUUCGCGUCUCCUCGUUUCCUCUUCUAAAGAUACAACUCUAAAGAUUUGGGACGUACGCACAGGAAAAUUGUCUAUGGAUUUACCCGGCCAUAAAGACGAAGUCUUUGCCGUCGACUGGAGUCCCGAUGGCCAAAAAGUUGGUAGCGGUGGUAAGGAUAAGGCCAUUCGCAUUUGGCGCAACUAG